CAACAAUUGAUAGAGACUUGUACCAAGGUCGUUCAAAACAGCAUGGCACAACAAGAGAUGGCUACAUCCGCGCCGGAAAUGCCGCCGGCCAUGGCCGAGAUCAAGCAACAGAGCGCUGAAGAGGUGUUAGCAGAGAUGAAUCGAAUGCCGUUAUUCAUGACCACACUAGACGAGACAGACGGCGAAGGUGGUGAGAACCCGUUGCUUGAGGCGAUGAAGGCGCUUGCGUACGAAGGAACUAGGUACGAGGUUGCAGAGAACUUCCGGGAGCAAGGCAACGACUGCGCAAGAGCAAAUCAAUGGAACGAUGCGAAAGAAUUUUACGACAAGGCGAUAGCGGCGUUGAAAGGGCCCCAGAGAAAGCCAGAUCCAGAGGCAAACGUUGAGGGAGGACAGGUCAUCGAGGUCGAGCUUGAUGAAGCAGAGGAGGCAAAGAAAGAGAAGGUCGUGGAGGAAGCAAGCUAUGUCAACAGAGCGCUGUGCAACCUCCAAAAGAAGAACUACCGCUCCUGCAUAAACGACUGCGCCUCAACUCUCCGUCUCAACCCGUCCAACAUCAAAGCCUACUUCCGCUCCAGCAGCGCCUGCCUUGCGCUCGACAAACUCCCCGAAGCCAAGGACGCCUGUGAAUUCGGCCUCAAGCUCGACCCCAGCAACGCAGCUCUUCAGGUCCUGGCCGAGAAGAUCGAAAAGCGAAGCGUCUAUAUCGCCAAAGUCGAGUCCGACCGCAAGGCACGCGAGGACAGGAUCAAAUCCGAGAAAGCCACCCUCGACCUCGCCCUGAAGGCACGCAAUGUCAGCGUCCGCACAACCAGUGACGAAUCCCCAGACCUGGAAGACGCAAGAAUUGCUCUUCAGAACCCUCUCGACCCCUCCUCCCCACUCUCCUACCCGACGCUGAUCCUCUACCCGGCACACUCGCAAUCAGACUUCAUCAAGGCCUUCAAUGAGCACCAGACGCUGCCGGAGCACUUGGAGUACAUAUUCCCAUUGCCGUGGGAUGAGGAGAAGGAGUACACUGUGGAAAAUGUGGAGGCGUAUAUGGAGACUGCUGCGGGCGGGCUGAUCAAGGUGGGGAAGAAAAUGGCGCUGCGUAAGGUGCUGGGGAGUGGCAAGAUGGUUGUCAGCGACGGGUUGGUGCGGAUCAGUGUCGUUCCGAAGAGGAAGAGUGCGGCGUGGAUUGAAGAAUUUAAGAAGAGGAGGGGUAUUGCUGCGUGAGUGCGGAGUGGUGGACGAGUCUCGUUGUAGACUAGAGAGACGAGAAGACAUGUCAACAUUAUGAACGCCGGAACGAACGAGCCACGAAGAUGUGCUUUUGAUUAUAAUCUAUGUAAUCAAUGCUAACAUGUCGC